AUGACGGAUGAUGUCUUGAGACAACAGUUAGAAAAGGUUCGCAAAGCUUUUGAAGCUCAAGACUACCAAACGUGCGAGACCCUCCUUCAAAAGAUGCCAAAGGACGAUCUUCAGGUUCAGCACAACUUAGCCAUCGUCCGGCUACUGUUGAACCAUGCGGAUGUGGAGCAAACCAUCGCUGCACUAGGCGACACAUCGAGCGAUGCCUUUUCCUCAACAAAUGAUAAAGAUACGAAACCCAAUGUAACGCUACUCUAUGAGGGACACGAAACUGCCCACUUUAAUCGCGCGCUGCUGCUGGCACGCUCCGGGCUGGUUCACGAGGCUGCCGUUAUCCUUCGUGCAUUGCUUGCUAUGCACACCAGUAUUUCCGUAGCCGUGCUUGCGAGGGUUUUGUCGCUCCUGCAGGCGAUCACGCGAAUGCCCCCCGGCUCCAGACAUCGCCAGCGGUCCGAUGACGAGUUGAUUCAGCAGGUUCUUUCCGAGAAGCUCAAUGCCUUUAAUGAAGACCCCGCAUUGUCGCUCAUGGUGAAGGCCGCAUUCAGUGAUAUGGGUAAUAUUCAUGAGCUACCACAUGCCACUGAUGGAGAGGGGGCCGCCCAUUUCAACAACCUUGGUGUGCUUGCAAUGGGUGAUUCCAAACUAAAUGUGGCGUCUCUUUGCUUCGCAAAGGCUGAGAAAGCAGCUCAGCAGUGUAAUUCCCUGUUGGUGCGGCAGCCCAUCGUGUACAAUGCUGGCCUCUGUGCACUUUUUCGAGGGGAGUAUGACAGUGCCAUUACGUGCUUUCUGUCAGUGCAGGAGCUCAUGAAAAGUUCUCCACUCUUUUGGGUUCGCUUUGCGGAGGCUUCAAUCGGUAAGUUGCACGCACAGAAGCGUGUGAGAUCGCGGGAGGAGUAUGAGCGCAUGCAAGAUUGCUUUUCGGAGCAGUUGCAUAACGGGAAGUUAUUGCCCAACUACGAGUUCCUUACUCUUCCGUGGGCGGUGAUUACGCAGAGUCCACUUGUUGAUCUGAAGGACAAUUCUGUUGGAACUGCAUUAGAGGCGCUGGCAUCUUGCGCGAUACAGAACGCGUUGGCACUUCUUCUACCACAAAACCACACCACUAUUAGUGCAACUGAUGCUUUCCCUCACAAUGCACAGCUCAUCCACUUUGCGCUCUUCUACUGGUGCGCUUUGGAGAUUGUCCGGAAGAACUAUACUGUAGUUGUGAAUGUGGGAUCAGACCUUCUUCUUCUGCACGACCGCCGCCCUCUCUCACCGAAUCUUCACACAGCUCUUCUUUCGUACAUGGUGGAGGCGUUAGUGCACCUCAACGAGCCGGACCGGGCCCUAAAGGUCCUCCGCCGUUCUUCGCUAUCCAGCCUCGUGGCAGGUUCCCCACCAGAGCAAUUGGAUGCCUACCAGCAGGGUCGCGUAGAGGUGCUGUUCAUUAACCUCGCCAUAACUCACAUUGUGAACGGCUCAUGGAGUCAGGCAACUUCUGUUGUAGAUUCGUUACUGUCGAAAUUAUACGAAACGCGUGCGGCGAAGGAAAAGGAUGAGAGCUCCAGCGGUAAUAAUCAGGAUGCGGUUUUGGCGUACCAUUUGUUAGUCAUAUUCCUUGAAUUGGCGCAAGGUAACCAGGAGAAGGCUCAAGAGGCGCUUCAGCGGCUUUCAUGGUGCGCAUGA